AUGCGUGGCUCCACCUUACGGCGAGAGAGUGAACUACAUAGUGAUCUAUUCGGAAGAGGCGAUCAUAUAAUUAUGAUCAAACUUCACUUAGGUAAAACAGAAGGCAAUAUGAACAUAGAGAUAAAUGACAUCAAUUUGGAACAAGUCGAUUCAUACAAACAUUUGGGAGUAAACAUCAGCAACACAGGAGAACAAGAGACGGAAAUCAUCGAAAGAAUUGGCAACACGUCCCGCUUGUAUCAAGCCAUUAAGAACAGUUUCUUAAAUAAAAAAGAAAUCUCGAGAGCAGUGAAGAUGAGUGUAUACAAGACAGUAUUCAUAUCGACGUUGAUUUUUGGCUGUGAAAGUUGGGUAUUAACUAAAAGAUUGAAGAGUAAGAUCCAAAGAAUGAACAUGUUAUAUCUACGACUACGAAGAGUACCUGGGUUAACAAGGAAAGAUAGACUAAGGAACAGCUUUAUAAGAGAGGAACUAAAAGUAGAUUCGAUCCUGAAUCAAAUUGAGCAAUGUCAGCUUAGGUGGAAUGGACAUUUGAUCAGAAUGAACAACGACAUACCAGAAAAAGGCGUGUGGGAAGCUAAAAUGCAGGGAAAGAGACCAAGGGGAAGACCAACUAAAACAUGGAAUGACACAAUAGAGAAGAUAGUGCAGGAUAGAGGACUAACAUUAACAGAAGCCAAAAGUUGA